AAAGAAGGCUUUCAUUAAUUCGAAAACGCCUUGUGAUUUUGGUGAAGCGUUCACCUCGGAAGGAUUUCUUUUGAGCAGUUUAAACAUAACAUGGCGGACUUUGACGACACAAGUAUUAAAAUGUAUUUUUAUGAGAACAGGCUGAAAACUUUUGAGGAAUGGCCUUUCAAGGAAGACUGCUCGUGUACACCGGAAAAUAUGGCCGAGGCUGGUUUCAUUCACACACCUGCAGACAACAGCCCAGAUUUAGCCAUGUGUUUCUUUUGCCUUAAAGAGUUGGAGGGCUGGGAGCCAGACGAUAACCCAGACAAAGAGCACAAGUCUCACUCAUCUACAUGCCACUUCAUUGCCUUGAAGAAAAGAGUGGAGGAGAUGACUGUGGAAGAGCUUUUAAAGAUCCAUCGGGAGAAACAAAAGAACAUCAUUCGUAAACAAUGUGACGAGGCCAUUAAGAAAUUUGCAGAGGCAGCAAAAAUGAAAAGAGCAGAAAUAAUCAAGACAGCCACAUGCAAAUAAAGCAGAGACCGUAAAUGUUGAUUUGAUGUUCGGAGACCUUGACAAAGUUUUUUUCACUUUUAAAAUGUGCUGCCUGGGCUUCCUUACGUGGACCCUCGACUUAAACAAGUUGAAAAACGUAUUCGGGUGUUACCAUUUAGUGGUCAAUUGUACGGAAUAUGUACUGAACUGUGCAAUCUACUAAUAAAAGUUUCAAUCAAUCAAUCCUAAAGUUCUUUGUGUACGUGCCCACCAUGUCACAGAAAACAAUAUUCUGUUGAUGUUAUCCCCAGUUUGCCUUAUAACUGCAAAUAAAGCAGAGAAUGCGAACUA